AUGGCCACCACGAGGAAGACCUUCUAUUACAAUUUUUUGCCCUCCAAAGCCGAAGAAGACGCAAUGGCUACUCGCAACGUGCCAUAUCAAGUAACCCGUGCCCUAAUCGAAAUAAGAGAUUGGCAUCCAACACCACGCAUCGACCCCAACAAUCCAUGGCAAAUCAGGAAGUCCAUCAUCAGCAACGAAGUUGGGACUACAAAACUAAUAAUUUCUCAUGACGAAAUGUUUGAACAUGUUUUCAGGUAUUGGACCUUGGACAUGGCCAACCAUGUAGUCCUAGGUAACAAAUGUUUUGUCAUCUUAAUUGAUUAUACAGAUGACAUGCCCAAAAAGAUUCAAAGUGAAAAUGUAUAUCUGAAGACUGGAACUAACGAUACCUACAUUCUCGGCCUUGGUGAUGUGGCCCGUGGCAGGUUUCUGAACCCAGGAGACGAGGUUGGCUUGUUUUGGGACAUGAGGUCUGGAACUUUUGGUUUCAAGUUAUUGCGUCGAGGGAAUUCCGUUAGGAUGGAGCCUGUUAGCAUGGAUAUAGACACAACCCAACAACUCCCUGCUGAUCCUCUCCCAUUUGCUAGAAGUUAUCAAUUAGAGGCUUUGGAGAAGGCGCUAAAGCAGAACACAAUUGUGUUUCUGGAGACUGGUUCUGGCAAGACUUUGAUUGCCAUCAUGCUAUUGCGCAGUUACGCCUAUCUUCUUCGCAAGCCUUCACGUUUUAUUGCUGUUUUCCUGGUUCCUAAAGUUGUUCUGGUUCGCCAACAAGCUGGAGCUGUGAAAAUGCAUACUGACUUAAAUGUGGGCAUGUACUGGGGAGAAAUGGGAGUUGACUUCUGGGAUGUUGCUUCAUGGAAGCAGGAAAUAGACAAACAUGAGGUGCUUGUUAUGACUCCUCAAAUUUUGUUGAAUGGCUUGAGGAAUAGCUUUUUGAAGCUAGACUCGAUAAAGGUGUUGAUAGUCGAUGAAUGUCAUCAUGCCAGGGGCAAUGACCCUUGUGCAUGCAUCAUGACUGAGUUCUUUCAUCGUGAGUUACGGUCUGGUCACAAUGAUCUUCCUAGGAUUUUUGGGAUGACAGCUUCUCCCAUAAAAUCAAAGGGUGCAAACUCAGAAUCAUACUACUGGCAGCAGAUUAGUGAACUUGAGAAUAUCAUGCAUUCAAAGAGCCAAGAGUUACUAGAUAUGAAUUCCUCAAGUUCCACUUUGCGUACCUGUUCAAAACAUGUAUCCUGGGUAUAUACCUGUGUUAGUGAUUCCGUGCUUGCUGAAUUUAUACCGUUCUCAGCCCCAAAAUUCAUAUUUUAUGAGCACAUGAAGAUCCCUGAUGGUAUAUAUGCAUAUUUAGAAAAAGAAUUGGAGAAAUUGAAAGCAAAGCAUGAAUUAUCACUCAAGCAAUCAGAUCUCAAUGAGUCUGCAGCAGAAUCUGUACGAAUUAAAAUAUCAAAAGUGCACUCAGCUUUGAUGUUUUGUUUGGAGGAACUUGGUGUUUGGUUGGCUUCUCUGGCUGCACAGUUCUUUUCUCACUGUGAUACUGGUAGUGAUUUUAUGUCAUGUGGUAAAUUAGACAUGUCUGGUGAGGCAAUUGUUAAGUUGUUUUGCCGGGAUGCCUCAUUGGCAAUUUCUAAUUGCUUUUCAGCUGGUCAAGAAUGCUAUAUUGGUGAUAACACCGAGGAUGAUGUGGGUGUGGGGCUUCUAACUCCAAAAGUUGUCUGCCUUAUUAAGUCACUUCUUCAGUACAGGAAUUUAAAGGACAUAAGAUGUAUAGUUUUUGUGGAAAGGGUCAUUACUGCUGUUGUCUUUGAAUCUCUAUUGACUAAGUUGCUUCCUAAACAUAGUAGCUGGAAGACUAAAUACAUAGCAGGAAAUAAUUCAGGGUUGCAAUCCCAGACACGCAAAAUGCAAAAUGAAAUUGUGGAAGAAUUUCGUGAAGGCAUGGUGAACAUCAUUGUUGCAACAUCAAUCCUUGAGGAAGGAUUAGAUGUACAAAGUUGCAACUUGGUGAUUAGAUUUGAUCCUCCAGCCACGGUCAGCAGUUUCAUACAGUCCCGAGGUCGUGCUAGGAUGCAGAAUUCAGACUACUUGUUAAUGGUGAAAAAAGGGGAUUUUACUACAUAUGCUCGACUAGAGAACUAUCUUGCUAGCGGUGACGUAAUGAGAAGAGAGUCCCUAUGCCACGCUUCCACUCCUUGUUCCCCUCUGCAGAGUGAAUUGUAUGAUGAUGAGUUCUAUAGCGUUGAAGGCACAGGGGCAGUUGUAACUCUUGCUUCAAGCGUUAGUUUGCUAUACUUCUAUUGUUCACGUCUUCCUUCUGAUGGGUUAGUCAUCAGGCUUACGCUUGCUCUCUCUCUUCCUUUCUCUGUUGGGGUGGGGGUGGGGGAUGUAUUUUCUGGAAAUAGUAAAAUUUCGAAGCAGAAGGCUUGUCUUGAAGCAUGCAAGCAACUCCAUCAGAUUGGUGCCUUAACAGACCAUCUUGUUCCAGAUAUUGUUAUGGAAGAAGCUGUUGCUCAAGAAGUUGGGAAUGAGCAGUGUGAUGAUGAACAACCCAAUUAUUUUCCACCUGAGCUGGUCAGUCAAGGCCCACGGAAUAUGAAGACAAAGUACUACUGCUACUUAAUUGAAUUGAAUCAGAAAUUUGCUUACGAUAUUCCUAUCCAUGAUAUUGUGCUUGUCAUGAGGACUGAACUUGAAUCUGAUGUCCUAAGUAGCAUGGGUUUUGAAUUAGAAGUUGACAGAGGCCUAUUGACAGUGAACUUGAGGUAUAUUGGAGAUAUUGAUCUUGAUCGAGCGCUGGUCCUCUUAUGUAGGAGGUUUCAGAUUAUUCUUUUCAAAGUUCUUAUGGAUCGCAGUGUGAAUAAACUGGAAGAGGUCUUAAAAGGAUUAGAGUUAGGGACAGGUGUUGAGAUAGACUAUUUUCUACUUCCAGCUAUCAGGUCACGCUCACAACCUUCCAUCGACUGGACGCCUAUUAGUUCUGUUUUGUUUUCAUACAUAAAUGAGGACCACUUCAACUGUUCUUGGAAGGGCAAUGCUCAUGUUGUCCAUACCAAAGGCGGUCCAGUUUGCACAUGUGUGCUUCAGAAUUCCUUGGUCUGCACCCCCCACAAUGGUAGUGUCUAUUGCAUCACGGGUGUUUUUGAGGAUUUGAAUGGAAGGUCGCCUUUAAAGCUGAGGGGUGGAGGUGCAAUCGCUUACAAGGAGUACUAUGCUAAGAAGCAUAGCAUUCAAUUGGAUUUUGAUCGAGAACCAUUGCUUAAAGGGAGACAUCUUUUUCAAGUGCACAAUUUUCUUAACAGAUGCAGAAAACAAAAGGAGAAAGAAUCGGAGAAUGCACGUGUAGAGUUGCCUUCUGAACUCUGUGACAUAAUUUUAUCUCCAAUAUCUAUCAGUACUAUUUAUUCAUAUACAUUCAUACCAUCAAUUAUGCAUCGACUAGAGUCUCUUCUUAUUGCUGUCAACUUGAAGAAGAUGCAUUCGGAUCAUUGCAUUCAAAAUGUUAAUAUUCCAGCCAUGAAGGUAUUGGAAGCAAUUACUACAAAGAAGUGCCAAGAGAAGUUUCAUUUAGAAUCUUUAGAAACUCUUGGAGAUUCUUUUCUUAAAUAUGCUGCAAGCCAGCAGCUAUUUAAAACGUAUCAAAAUCAUCAUGAAGGCCUUCUUAGUAUUAAGAAGGAAAAAAUUAUUUCAAAUGCUGCACUUUGUAGGCGAGGAUGUGACUUCAAACUUCAGGGAUUUAUCCGCCAUGAAUCUUUUGAUCCAAAACUCUGGAUGGUUCCUGGUGAUAAGUUUGGAAGUGAUUUGUUAAGUGAGGAGCCACUUUCUGGGUGCAGAAAAAUUUACGUCAGAGGAAGAAGAAAUCUUAAAAUUAAGACAAUUGCUGAUGUUGUCGAGGCACUCAUUGGUGCAUACCUUAGUACAGGCGGUGAAGUACUAGCCUUACUAUUUAUGGAUUGGAUUGGUAUAAAGGUGGAUUUCAUGAUUAUUCCAUACGAGAGGCACUUCCAAUUGCAAGCUGAGAAGUUUGUUAAUGUUUGCUACUUAGAGUCACUGUUAAACUAUUCGUUUAAUGACCCUUCUCUGUUGGUAGAGGCAUUGACCCACGGUUCUUACAUGCUUCCUGAGAUCCCAAGAUGUUAUCAGCGACUGGAAUUUCUUGGAGAUGCGGUGCUGGAUUAUCUCAUCACCAUUCAUAUUUACAAGGAAUAUCCUGGGAUGUCACCAGGACUGUUAACUGAUUUGAGGUCUGCUUCUGUAAACAAUGAUUGUUAUGCACAAUCUGCUGUUAAAGGAGGCUUACACAAACACAUCCUUCAUACGUCCCAAGACCUUCAAAAGCAUAUAGUCGUCACUGUUGAAAAAUUUCAGGAAUUUCCUUCAGAAUCAACUUUUGGAUGGGAAUCCGAGACAUCUUUCCCAAAGGUACUUGGAGAUGUUAUAGAGUCUUUAGCAGGGGCAAUCCUUGUAGAUUCGGGAUACAACAAGGAGGUAGUCUUUCAAAGUAUAAGGCCACUUUUGGAGCCCUUAAUUACUCCUGAGACUGUAAGAUUCCAUCCUGCAAGAGAAUUGAACGAAUUAUGUCAAAAGCAACACUUUGAAUACAAGAAACCCGUUCUUUCCCACAGUGGUAGGAAUGCUUCUAUUACAAUAGAGGUUGAAGCUAAUGGUGUGAUAUUCAAACGUACAGCUACAGCUGCAGACAAGAAAACAGCCAACAAACUAGCUUCUAAAGAAGUCUUAAAGGCCCUGAAGGAAAAUAAUUUUGCGGCUACUAGUACCACGAGCAAAGUUCAUUAA